AUGGCCCUGUUCGAUCGGAACCAGAGGCAGAGGUCGUCGUUCUACUCCACGGCGACCUUCGUCGUGUUCGUCGCGCUCUGCCUCCUCGGCCUGUGGAUGAUGUCCUCGCCGGAGACCGUCCCGGCGGCCAUUUCCCUGUCCUCGGAGAAGGCGGUCGUCAAGGCCGACGUCAAGGAGGAGGACAGCUCCAUCGACGCCACCAACACCGUCAAGCAGGACAGCGCCAACGUCGUCGCGGAGGCGGCCACGGCCGGUGCCGCCGCCGCCGCCGCCGAGGGCGCCGAGGAUAUCGACGUCCCGGGCAAGCCCGGUGACAGCGGAGCAGCAGAAGGCGACGGCGGGAAGGCGGCGGCGGCGUCCAAGGACCAGUCGUUCGACGACGAGAACGGCAGGACCGAGGGCGGGGAGCUCGUCAAGCCGGGCGGCGGCGAGACGGACGCCGCCGCUGCGGGGCAGGACAAGGGCACCGGCGAGGAGGCGGCGAUGGAGAACGAUGCCAAGGUCGAUGCCGCCGCCAAGGAGCAGGCGCCGAUCGACACCAAGGAUGCCGGCCGUCUGGAUCAGAGCGCCGCCGAGCAGACGGCCACGGACACGAAGGCGAGCGCAACAGAGCAGGCGGCGGCGACCGGCGUCGUCAAGGAGAGCAGCGCGGAGGCUGGCGGUGGCACGGCCAAGAAGCUCACGUUCGAUGACGAGAACGGCAAGAUGGACGGCGUCGACCUUGUGAAGGACGACGGUAACAAGACUCGCAUCUCGGAGGAGAGUGCCAUGGUCGAAGGCGCCGCGUUGACGGUGAAGCCGUCGGCCAAAGCAGCGACGGCGACCGCGACAGCCACCGACACUGACAAGCAGGACGAGGCGUCGGCGGUCGCCACUGACGACACCACCACCGCAUCCACAACGACUUCCGAAGACGAGAAGAAACAGGACGGUGUCGAGCAGCAGCUGCCUGCAGCAGCGGACGCGCAGCCGAACGUCCAGGCAGAGCUACUAACGGAGCGCGCGGCACAGAACGGAUCGUUCACGACGCAGGCGGCGGAGUCCACCGAGGAGAAGAAGAAGCGCGCCGAGAAGAAGGGGAAGAAAGGAAAGAACAAGGUGGCCGGCGCCGUCGCCACGGUGGAGUGGAAACUGUGCAACUCGAGCGCCGGCGCAGACUACAUCCCGUGCCUGGACAACGUGGCGGCCAUCAAGAAGCUCAAGACGGACAAGCACUACGAGCACCGGGAGCGGCACUGCCCCGAGGAGGCGCCGACGUGCCUGGUCCCGGCGCCGCCGGAGUACCGGGAGCCGAUCCGGUGGCCGCACAGCCGCGACAAGAUCUGGUACUACAAUGUGCCGCACACCAAGCUGGCGGAGUACAAGGGGCACCAGAACUGGGUGAAGGUCUCCGGCGAGUACCUGACGUUCCCGGGCGGCGGCACGCAGUUCAAGCACGGCGCGCUGCACUACAUCGAGCUGAUCCAGAACUCGUUCCCGGACGUGGCGUGGGGCAGGCGCAGCCGCGUGGUGCUGGACGUCGGCUGCGGCGUGGCCAGCUUCGGCGGGUACCUGUUCGACCGCGACACGCUGACCAUGUCGCUGGCGCCCAAGGACGAGCACGAGGCGCAGGUGCAGUUCGCGCUGGAGCGCGGCAUCCCGGCCAUCUCCGCCGUGAUGGGCACGCAGCGCCUCCCGUUCCCCGCCAACGUCUUCGACGUCGUUCACUGCGCGCGGUGCCGCGUGCCGUGGCACAUCGACGGCGGCAUGCUCCUCCUCGAGCUCAACCGCCUGCUCCGCCCCGGCGGCUUCUUCGUCUGGUCCGCCACGCCGGUGUACCAGAAGCUCCCGGAGGACGUGGAGAUCUGGGACGAAAUGGUGAAGCUGACCAAGGCGAUGUGCUGGGAGAUGGUGGCGAAGACCAGGGACACCGUCGACCUGGUCGGCCUCGUCAUCUUCCAGAAGCCGGUGAACAACGUCUGCUAUGACAAGAGGCCGGAGAAGGAGCCGGCGUUGUGCGAGCCCUCCGACGACCCCAACGCUGCAUGGAACAUAAAGUUCCGGGCGUGUAUGCACCGUGUUCCCGAGGACCAGUCAGUGCGCGGCGCCCGGUGGCCGGCGCUGUGGCCGGAGAGGCUGCGGAAGGCGCCCUACUGGCUGGACCGCAGCCAGGUGGGCGUGUACGGCAAGCCGGCUCCGGACGACUUCGCGGCGGACCUGCAGCACUGGAGGAAGGUGGUCCGGAGCUCGUACCUCGCCGGCAUGGGCAUCGACUGGAAGACCGUCCGGAACGUCAUGGACAUGAGGGCCGUCUACGGAGGGUUCGCGGCCGUGCUGCGGGAGAUGAAGGUGUGGGUCAUGAACGUGGUAACCAUCGACUCGCCGGACACGCUGCCGGUGAUCUACGAGCGCGGGCUGUUCGGGAUCUACCAUGACUGGUGCGAGUCCUUCAGCACCUACCCGAGGUCCUACGACCUCCUCCAUGCUGACCACCUCUUCUCCAAGCUCAAGCCCAGGUGCAAGGUGUUGCCGGUGAUCGUGGAGGUGGACCGGAUCCUGAGGCCGAACGGCAAGCUCAUCGUGCGGGACGACAAGGAGACGGUGGACGAGAUCCAGGGCGUGGUGAGGUCAUUGCAGUGGGAGGUCAGGAUGACCGUCUCCAAGAACAAGGAGGCAAUGCUGUGCGCCAGGAAGACGACGUGGCGGCCCACGGAAAUCGAGAGCAGAUGA